AUGGCGAACAACAGACUCCAAUACCGCCGCCGGAACCCGUACAACACGCGGUCCAACCAGGUCCGCAUCAUCAAGACCCCCGGCGGUGAGCUCCGUUACCUUCACAUCAAGAAGAAGGGCACUGCUCCCAAGUGCGGUGACUGUGGCAUCAAGCUCCCUGGUGUGAGUGCUCCCGAAUUAUCUAUGUUGAAUGGUGGUGGUGGUGGUCAUGGUGGUUUGGAUGAUGGAUGGAGAGUAUGCGUGCAUGGACGAUCGCUUCGACCAACGCACAAGGAAACGACAACAAUCAACACCACCACUACCACCAUUCGCGAUAUCAAGGAUAUGAAGGAAGAGCAAAAAUGGCUGAUUGUUCCCGCUCUCCGCCCCCGCGAGUACGCUCAGAUCUCCCGCCCCAAGAAGAACGUCAGCCGCGCCUACGGUGGUUCCCGCUGCGCCGGUUGCGUCAAGGACCGCAUCGUCCGUGCUUUCCUGAUUGAGGAGCAGAAGAUCGUCAAGAAGGUCCUCAAGGAGUCUCAGGAGAAGGCUGCCGGCAAGCGCUAA